AUGCCUCCUGCUUGUGCUGAAUGUAAAGUCAAGAAGUGCCGCUGCACCCACCACACGGUUGCUGCUCCCCUUGUCCCCGAGGCCGAGGCCAAGAAAAAGAUCGCCAGCGCCUCCAGUGACGAUCUUUCUUUGGUGCCCUCUGAGCCCAAGACUAAGAAUGAUGUUGGUCCCAACAAAAUGAAGCCUGUGCAGAAGCCGGCACGUGGUCCCCGUUCCGCCGCCACCGUCCCUCCUCCUGCCCUCCAUGAGGUGCCCGACCAGCCCGCGGACGACAUGGCUGUCGCAAUCCACCUCGGGAUGCACGUCGUGUACGCUCGGGAGCUCCGGCGCAACCUCGUGGCGUUCGAGAUUGCCUUACAAGAGGACCUGCAGGCCCAGCGCGCUAGCAUGGCCGAAUUGGAAGACAGCCUGCAAGCUGGGCGUGCUCCCACGGCCGCCGCCCUCCAAGAGAGCCAGCGGGCUCACCGUGCUACCAUGGCUGCAGCUCAGGCUGUUCAGCGCAAGCUCGAUAUGUGGGUCGAGUCCUACACCAGCGGCAAUUAA